AUGGCUUCCUAUGGUGCUAGACCUCCUUCGUUCAGAAAGAAGCAGCCCAGUGCGGAGAAUUUUACCUGCCAGAAAUGUCUACAGAAAGGUCACUUCACGUUCGAGUGUACAGGAAAACGGAAAUAUGUUCACAGAGUGUCUCGAUCAAAGGAAAUGGCUAAACGAUUGAAGAUGGAUGAAGAAAAAAAGCAGGCAGAGUUAUUGAACAUUUGCACAUCCAUACAACAGAAAAAGAAGGAUUCAAAAAAGAAGAAAAGAAGAAGGUCGGUCAGUUCCUCCUCCUCCUCUAGUGAAUCCAGCUCUGACUCCUCAGACGAUGAUUCCAGCUCAUCAUCAUCAUCUUCCUCAUCAUCGUCGUCAUCUGACAGUGACUCGUCAUCAUCAGAUUCAUCUUCAUCAUCAUCAUCAUCAUCUGACAGUCCUGAUUCUGAAAGAGAAAGGAAAAAGAAAAGAAAGAAGAAGAAACAGCACAAAAAAUGAAGGAUUCAAAGCAACAGAUAACAUUAAUAUUUUAAAAACUAAUUUUUAGCAUUAAGAAAAUACCUCUUAUAAAAAAAAUUAAAUAUAAUAUAAAAUAUGAUUUAGAAAUUCUGUUCAUACUUUAUGGAAUAUGAUUAUAUAGAUACCCUUUACACAUUGCUGUUUAAGGGGGUUUAUACUUAUGUUGAAGUUCAGAAAGCUUGUUGCAACAAAUGAAGGAGUUAUUCCUCUUUUCAUCAUGAAGCAAAUAUAUCAACAGUGUCAGAUUUUGUACCCAUAUGCAAUUUGUGAAAAAGCAGAAUUCAAUUAUACUGGACAGAUUUUAAAUUUAUUUUUCAAUGAAACAUGUUUUAUGUGUAUUUCUUUUACUGAAGUAACACCCAUGAAGCUGAAAUGAAUUUUAUAUGUCUCAUAAAAAAAAUACAAAUGGUGGAUGACUUUUAUAUUUUCCGUAAACUUACAGUGUUGUAAAUUUUGUAGAUAACUAAUUAAAUAAAGUCUGCAA